UCUGCUGGGGUCGGUAACUAAAUGUUAAGGACACAAAUGAAGGGCUUGGAAAAAGCACAAAGAUUCACGAAGUCCAAGAUAGGUGAUAAGAAGACUAAGUAUUUUGUCUUGGUUGAUUUUUUUUAUUUUUGUCUAUUGUGGGGGCAUUUUGUAAAAGAGCAAAUCUAGAGGCAGGAACUGAAGGUGGGUAAGAUUGGAUGGAAUUUGAAUUCCAUAAUUACGACUCUAAAUUCUGCAAUGAGCUCGAAGCUCUGUUGCCUGCUCUUGCCACAAUAAAACACCACAGAGCGCAAAGCCAAAUCGGAUGGAUCCGAAGUGGGUUAGGGUGUUAUAUAAGCUGUUGGCGGGUGGGGAGAUUUUUUUUCUUUUCUUUUUUCUUCUGUGUGUUACAGCAGCAGCAGCAGAGUGGCUCAGGUUGAUUUAGACUCUGGAUGACAGUGGCCUGGCGCGAGCCCACAGCUGACGAAAGCAGAUUAGCCCGCUUGGUUUCCAUGGAGACGAGCGCGCGCCGCAGCUGCGGCGGAGGGGCUGUCAGCGCGCGCAGCGGCAGCGGUGGCACGACCGCGGGGGUCUGCAGGAGGCAGGAGGAGGCGGGUGCUCGGACCCUUGCGGCAGACAUGGACUUGCCUUGCGAUUGUGCUGCCGGAACUCCGGCCUCCGAGCAGCCGUCGGGGAAGAUUAACAAAGCUGCUUUCAAAUUAUUCAAGAAGAGGAAAUCGGGUAGUAACAUACCCAGCAUAUUUGGGGUCAAAAACAAAGGGGACGGGAAAGGCUCGGGUCCGCCGGGCAUGGUGAGGAGCAGGACCCACGACGGACUAGCCGAGGUGGUGGUGCUGGAGAGCGGCAGAAAGGAGGAGCCACGCGGUGGAGGCGAUGGUGGCGGUGCCAGCGGUGACCGCGGCGGAGGUCGGCCAAACCCUGGUCCGCCCAGAGCUGCGGGGUCCGGCGUGGGCUUGCCGGCCAGCAGCUCGGUAGCUAAAUCACACAGCUUCUUCUCCGUUUUGAAAAAGAAUGGGAGGUCCGAAAAUAGCAAAGGGGACCCGGUAGAUGCAGGAAAGGCUGGCGGCAAACAAAAGAGGGGGCUGAGAGGGCUCUUCAGCAGUGUGCGCUGGCACAGGAAGGACAAGCGCGGCAAGGAGGGGGAGCGUGAGGCGCGCGCUGGGGGCCCGGGCAGCCUCGCCCUGCCGGGGUCGCUCACGGCCAGCCUGGAGUGCGUCAGGGAGGAAGCGCCCGGACCCGUGUGCGCUCCGGAGAACCUCAGCAAGGACACAACACCAGAUCCAGCAGGUGAGCGCGGAGGGGGAGAGCCCGGGCUGGCCUCCACCGAUCCUGCCGAAGUGCCCCACUGCCGAAAGGCCGAGAGCCCCGGGGUCCCUGACGCCACUACCACCCAGGGAGAGGACGCCGCGGGGCAUCAGCGCGCCGAGGAUCCCCGGGCACCCCCUGAGCUGGGCGUUGGGUUGGUCCGGACAGCCGAGGAUGCUUCCAGGACAGGUGACGUUCUGAUAAAGACUGUCCCCCUUGUCGACUCCGACUGUGGCAGCGGCCAGGCGUCUGCCAUCCCUGACCCUUCCUCUGUUGAUCCACCCUCAGACCCAUCGGCCGAUCGUAUUUGUUUGAUGUUUUCUGACGUGACUUCACUGAAAAGCUUUGACUCUCUUACAGGCUGUGGAGAUAUUAUUGCAGACCAAGAGGAAGAGGCAGGUCCCAGCUGUGACAAGCAUGCCCCGGGGCCAGGGAAGCCAGUUGCCUCUAAAAAGAACGCCAGCGCAGUGGCCUACCAAGGAGGAGGGGAGGAGAUGGCAAGUCCCGAUGAUGUGGACGACACCUAUCUCCAGGAAUUCUGGGACAUGCUCUCCCAGACUGAGGACAGAGGACAAGGACCCCAAGAGGGACCAGUUAAGGCAGCAGCCGCAGUGGACACCAAGGUGGUACCGGAGACCUCCAAGGACACCAGGUGUGCAGAAGUGGCCAAGGAUGCGUCUUUGGUCAAGUGCAGGAGGCUCAACCGGAUUCCCAUUGAGUCCCAUCCCAAGGAGGAGCCUAAGCACCUGCAGAAGGAACAGCAUGAAGGUGUCCCAAACAGUGAUGAGGGCUACUGGGAUUCCACCACUCCGGGCCCAGAGGAUGACAACACAAGCAGUGGGAAAAAGGCCGGCAUCCCCAGGGAUAGCUACAGCGGUGAUGCGCUCUAUGAUCUCUACGCGGAUCCCGAUGGAAGCCCAGCAGUCCCUCCUGCCAACGAGGAGACAUCCUGCAUGUCCCGGUUAAAGCCAGUGUCUCCGGUCACCAUCACCUGCCCACUGCGAACACCAGGCAGUUUGCCGAAGGACUCUAAAAUCCCUAUCAGCGUCAAGCACCUCGCGAAUCUUCCAUCCAGCCAUCAUGUGGUUCAUCAGCAACCAGCCAAGAGUGAGGUGCCGAGAACAAAAAUCCCAGUGUCCAAAGUGCUGGUCCGCAGGGUCAGCAACCGAGGCUUGGCUGGGACCACCAUCCGGGCAGCUGCGUGCCACCACAGUGCCAAAAAGUUAUGAGGUUCCCAAGGCCAGUGUGGAUGGACCACACGUCAAGGAAUACAACUUUCCCUGGAACCACUAAAAUAAGUUUUGCUUUCUCUAAGGAAAGGCUUUUAGGACUGUCUCUACUGCAGACCCUGGACCGAGGAGGUCUUUGUCUCCUCCUGGGGGAGGUGGGGGUUGGGGGGUGGGCAGGAGAUGCUAGAGAGGGGAUGCCACACUGCACAUGGGCUUCUCUUCCCAAGAUAAGUCCCUGGGAAUUAUUUGCGAGCACCUUUUUCUUUUUUAAACCUUUUAAAAACUAUUUUUCCUCUUUUUUCUUUAAUGUACUGAAUAUUUGGAAGUCACCUUUACUUGCCUUUGCAGAAAACAGGGCUUAACCAAACCGAAGUAAGCAUCACACCAUGGUGUCUGGCCAUGGUGCGAUGGGUCCAGAGGGCCUGGACCAGCCACUGCAAGACCCAGAGGAGUCCUCCUCUUCCAUGACCCACCCUCCCUUCCUUUUCUUCCCUUCCCUUCCCCUC